AUGCCGACGGAAGUUCGCGACUUGGUCCCGGCAUGGUCUACGUGUAGCAUGUGGGAUGCGGCGCUUCCCAACUUCGUCUUUGACCCGCCUCGUGCCCUGGUCGCAGGCACAGCGAUCGCUACACCGACACCUGCUUGGAUGCAUCAGGGUUCUACUGCUCCUGCAUCUCCAGCAGCUACCUCCUAUACCGCCUUACCGGAGACUUUGGCUUCUACGUCAACACAUUCUACCACUGCUACCUCUUCUGUUGAUGUCUCGAGCACAGCACCCAGCUCAAUAGCCUCUGUUGUGGCAACACCAACCAGAGGCAUAGGUGCCACAGGCAUAAGCAUAGAAUUUAGUGUCGAUAGCCACACAUUCACGGCAUCAGCAGGCGACAAUGCCUUUUCCAUUUUGGGUCAAACCAUCUCGGUUGGACGACCGGCUCAGGUGGUGGAGGGCGAGACCAUCAGUUUGGCAUUGUCAGGCUUCGUCGUCAAUGCGACCACGACUAUACCAUUCACUUCCACGCGCCCGAUGACCACUAAUAGUGAUUUACGAACAUCUUUGCAGCAGUCGCAUACUGCUGGCUGGUAG